AUGGGGAAGCGCGGCGUCCCUCGGUACCCUGAGGACGACGGCGGCGGCGGGUGCUGCGGCUGCCUGUGCUGGUGCUGCUGCUUCCUGUUCCUCAUCGUCGCGGCGUUGGCCGGCACGGCGGCCUACCUCUUCUUCAUUUACAAGCCCAAGGCGCCGUCCUACUCGGUGAGCAACAUGUCCAUCUCGCAGUUCGACUUCAGCUCCUCCGACCUGACGCUCUACACCAAGCUCACCGCCUCGGUGCGCGCCGAGAACCCCAACGACAUGAUCGGCAUCAAGUACGGCGACGGCUCCCACACCGUCGUCUCCUACCGAGGCACCCCGCUAUGCUCGGGCAAGCUCCCGGCCUUCUUCCAGGGCCACAAGAACGUCACCGUCAUGGACAUCGCCAUGGAGGGCCGCCACGGGUUUGGGUCGGGGCUGCAGCAGGCGCUGGAGGAGAGCGAGAAGGCCGGAAACGUGCCGCUCGACGUCUUCGUCAGCGUGCCCGUGACGCUGCGGCUCGGCACCGUCGACCUCCGGCAGGUGAAGGUCAACGUGCACUGCGCGCUCGUCGUCGACAGCCUCUCGCCAAAGAAGAAGCCCAACAUCAAGUCCACCACCUACAAGGCCAACGUAGAGUUUUGA